GUCCUUUGGAUCAAACAAAGUAACUAAAUAAAAGGAUCAAAACAUUGAGAAAUGGCGAAUGGGUGCGAGAUUUGCUGUGAAAUAAUGAUCGCCAUACUCAUCCCUCCUCUAGGGGUUUGUCUGAGGCAUGGCUGUUGCACUACGGAAUUCAUGAUAUGUCUGAUCCUAACGCUCUUGGGAUACGUACCGGGGAUCAUCUACGCACUCUAUGCAAUCGUGUACGUGGAUCGUGAUCAAUUUUUCGAUGAGUACCGUCGUCCACUUUUCUAUGCCCAGUCACCGUGAUUUUAUUCGUUUGCUCUUGUUCUUUGCUCUUUGUAAUUUCAUUUAUUCCAUUAAUUGAUUAAAGUUACAUCUUUCUCUCAACAUGUUUGAGAUCUUUUCUUCUUGAAUAA